GUUAGUUCCAUAAUCCAUUACAGUUUAUAACUUUGUGCUGUACAGCAUAUAAAUUUUUAUUGUAAUAUUUGAUAAUCUUAUCUUUGUACAUUUAGUAUACUGCUCCGUUUUCAUUGUGUAUGAGGUGAAAUAGUGUACGAUAAUAACGUGCAGUUUAUUAGUUCUUUGUUUACUCAGGAAAAACGAAAUACCAGUGACCAGACUUUACAUAGAAUAUAUAUGGUGCAAAAUUAGUAUUGAAUACUUGUGAAUUUGACUAAAAUCAGUCGUUGUGUAAUGUGUUAAAGUUAUACAUUGCUUGUACAACUACCUACUUGAUUGAUCAUAGAGCACACGCCAACCAUUUAACCUUGAAAGACACUGAUAAUCAAUUGAUGGAUUCUCGAAAAAUGUCAAUUUUAAAAGUAAAACCCGCAAUGCCCGAACCUAUCGUAAAACAUGUUGGUUGCGCUCAUUAUAAACGUCGUGCAAAGUUUGUUACACCAUGCUGCAAUAAGUUCUACAUGUGCCGGUACUGCCAUGAUGAGAAUGAGCAGCACUACUUCAACAGGAAGUCUGUGACAGAGCUGAUCUGCACUGAGUGUGACACGAGGCAAAAAGUGCAGGAUGCAUGUGAGAGCUGUGGUGUUAGAUUUGGAAAGUACUCAUGUCUGAUCUGCAACCUGUUUGACGAUGAGGACAAGAAGCAGUACCAUUGCGAGGGUUGCGGGAUCUGUCGCGUGGGCGGCCGCGACCGUUUCUUCCACUGUGAGCGUUGCAACAUGUGCCUGCCUGUUCAGCUACAGAGAGUUGGACAUAGAUGUGUGGAGAACGUGUCGCGCGCCAACUGCCCGGUGUGUCUGGAAGACAUCCACACGUCCCGGAUCCCGUGCCACAUCCCGGACUGCGGGCACCUGCUGCACCGGCCCUGCUUUGAACAGAUGCUGAAGUCCGGCCACUAUGCCUGCCCAACCUGUCAGACCAGCAUGAUUGACAUGUCUCAUCUGUGGCACUAUUUGGACUCGGAAGUGGAAGCCACACCGAUGCCACCAGAGUACUCCGACUACAAAACCACUAUACUAUGCAAGGAUUGUCAUAAGGUGUCAACUGUGAGAUUCCACGUGGUUGGACUCAAGUGUCAACACUGCGGCGCCUAUAACACGUGUCAGACCAACGGAGUCCGCAAUCCACAUUAUAUGGCAGAGAGAGCGCGGGGACAGAGGGAGACUCCAGCUCUAGCUCGUCGAGCGGCCGUGGCAUUGCCCCGUCUCCAUCCACGUCCGCACCUGCAGCUUCGUCCACGGCCUCAACCUACGAGGACGGGCGUGGAGAGCUACCGCGUGCAAACCCGCUCGAUGAGCCGCCGCAGGCCUGACCCUUGCUAACUCACUGUAUAUCGUACAUCAUAUUACUACUGAGAAGGAUUCAUGUUAUGGCUAAACAAUUCAAAUAACGCUGCUCUAGUGUCUACAAAAUUAAAUUCUAGGAAAGUAAAUUUUAUUCCAAAAUAAUAAUCCCGUAUGGAGCUGACUCGAAGUCAGAAAUUAAAAUAGUCAGAUUAUUUUUUUUUUAAGUUAUACUUCUUUUGGCGCGAUGGAGAAAAAUGAUGAGAGUGAUUUAAUGCGAUGCGCGCGCAUGACUGACACCUGAAUUAUUCUACAUCGUGAAGUGAGUUCUAGGUGGCGUGAAAAUCGAUAACUAUGUUCAAGUUGUAUAUUCUAGUAUUUUUAUAUUUAGAACACGUGUUUCGUAACAGUACAAUUAAACAUUGUGAAUAAAUAAAUAUUAUUUUGUGUUUUUAUUAAUUCAAUUUCAUAUACGACGGUGAUAGUAUAUCUAUAUAUAUUGAAUAUUAGUGAUAAAACUGAUUUGAAUAAACUGUUUGGAGUGCAUAUUUGAGGUUAAUUGUUGGUAUGUAUAAUUUAUUUACAUCGUUAAUUAAAAAUUCAUAUUAUCUGAAAAAUAUUUUUAUUCGUUUUGUUUUAUUUCUGGUAUAAAAAUUAAAUUAAUUUUCCUUAAAUGUUGAGUGUUUAUACUAUCUUUGAUCUUAACUAUUUGUUAAAAUUUGAUUUAUUUUUCCAUAGGCCAAAGAAGUAUAACUUGUAACGCGUGUACAUAAGUACACUCACUCUUUUUUUCAUCAUGAAAUAAAUUUGUAAGUCAAUAGUGUUUAGUUAUUAGUAGGUAAGUACAUAUUAUAAUCUAGCAUUGAAAAAAAAUAUGCGUGUGUGUGUACACAGGUAGGAAGUGGAACUUCUUUAAGACAGGUUUUUUUUUUCUAUUUACAACUUGAUAUAAAUUGUGUUGGUAAGGCUUAAGGAAAAAAAAUCCGCAUUAAAUUAAAGCUAUUUUAUUAUUAUAUACAUGCAUACAACUGUCUUUUAUUUUAUCACUUUUAAACUAAUAUAUUAUUCCUUACGUCACUGGUCUGAACUUUGAUAAAACAAAAACAACAUGGCGCGUAACCGAAAAUCGAGACGACAUUGCUGUAAUAUUUCUCUCAAACGUUUAUAGAGAAGUUUCACUUCAAAAAUAUUUUAUUCAUAAUAUUAUGUAAUCCAUAGAACUAAAUGUUUGUGUGUAGUUUUAAAAAAUAUGACGAUUCGUUUAAUGUCUUAUAGAUUCCUCUUAAUAGACGCAUUCAUAAGUUAAUUCACUUACGCCCGUUCUCUAUAGGUGUAACACUCCUGUCAGCCAGCAAGUGGUCGCGUUUUAAUUCGUUUGUAUUGUGUUACGUAGUUGCCCAAAUAGCAUGGACGAACCAGUCAAAAGUGGACCCCCAUACACUUACAAUAUACUAGAGUAUAUACACACAGAGUGUAAUAUGGAAUAAUUAAAAAUUGAAGUUUUUAUUUACUAUUUACGAUAAACCAUGGUUGCCAAUUAAAAAUGGCCAUUUAAAAUCAGUUUUAUCAAAAAAAAACAUACCUGCAGAAUUCAGCAGUGGGUUCUUAGACUAUCAAGUCAAUAUAGAAUAUUUGGUUGAAGCUUUUGACAUUCAGCGACAUUUAACAUUAACUAACAAUAGCUUUAACCGGUGAAGGUUGGACGGCUUCGGUUAACAGUUAAUGAGACGUCAUUUAAAAAUUGCCAAACGGUGCAACAUAUUUUUUCUUAACCGGUACUUUCACAUGUUUGUUAUUGCUAAAGUUAAAGCUAAACCCAGCUGUAGUAUUUUGAAUAUUAAACUAACUAACGCACACAUUCACAGGUCAAAAUUGUUCAAACAUUAUCGGGAUGCCAGGUUGUCUAUUCGCUAGAAUAUUCUAAGUUUAAGAGGAUUCUUGACCAACAUUAAUUGAACGCGUGGCAACCUCUGUCUGGCAGGACCUUUAAAGUCUUUAAACCCCUUUCUGUUUCACACGAUUUAUUUAUAAUAACAAACCUUCAUUUCUUGUAUAAUAAUUUUACAUAAGUGUUGUAUUUUUAAGUCUAGCGUAAUGGGUGUAUUAAUAGACAUAAAAUUGUUUUUUGUAAUCGUUUUUCGAAAUGUAUGUGAUGUGUUAACAGCUUCUAAGCUAAACUAAUGACUGGUCACUAAUCUAAUUCAGCCAUAAACAUAAUCGGCCUUACAAAUAAGAUUGGCAUAAAGCUAUAACUAAGCAUAAACCUAGAGUAUGUAAAAUGUUUACAAAUUGACAUUUUGCUUACGAAUGAUUUGUUCGGACGUAUAACGCUUCCCGCGUUUAUUUGCAAGGCAGCUUGUCGUUAGGAAAACUUUAGAAUUAUCAUUGUAUUGACAGUGUUGUCAACGAUGUAGAUUUAUAUAUUAUUAAAUAAUGUCGCCAACAUACCAAAUUAUGUUAUUAUUUUAACAAGGAAACGGUAAUAGCUUGAAUUUAAAUACCUAGGUAUAUGUUUUUAAAUUUCCAUUUGCGCAAAAUAUCAAAAUUGAUGUUCUCCUUUUCUACGUCAUCUGAUCUGCAAUAAAACAUUCAGCAAACAUGAUAGUGGUGAAUUAGCUUAAUUUUUAAAAUAAUUUAGUCGCAUUAUAUGUACUAACCAAAGGUGGUGUAGAUCCAGGAUAGAGCCCUUUUCAGACGUUUUGGUGGAUUGCCAUAGAGUAACACAUUCGGGUGAGUCCUAAAUCUAGAUUUUUAUUUGGAGCUGGUAUAUCUACAUAUACAGGGUGGUUUUUUUGAGAAGGGUGGUGAUGGCCAAGUGGGAAACUACGAGACUUAGAGAAAAGUCGUCAAAGAAGUCAUGCUCUCGAUUUAUAAGAAACCCAUAACUGCAUAUUUAGUUUUUAAAACAUUCUUGAAGAUAGGUAUUUGCUGUUUUCAAAUCUUUAGGCUAUCAUGCAAAUAAAUAGCUGCAUUAAAGCUAAUAAACAAGAAAAAGAGACGAUACAAUAACAGCAUUUUGUCAUGGCUGACAUCAUGAUAUUAGAACUUUACCACUGUCCAUAUUUAUUUAUUCAUUCGGUACCACCAUGAAAUUUAUGCAUAUUAUAAUGAAAUCAUAAGCUAGGUACUAGUGCUGUGUGUUCUAACAGCUUCACGUAGCGGCAGCAGCUUGUAUACAUAUAAUACACUCAGAUCAUUUAUACGUCUAAUGGCCGUUCUCAAUAUUCAGUCUAUCUCUUACUUGAGAUAAAAAUAGUAACUAUCGUUGACUUUUCUGCCCAAUAAACUUAUCGACGGUAACUCACCUUAACCGCACACGCUGUCUGUCAAUGGGACGACGUACCUAUAGCUUAACAGCGAUAGAAGUUUGUAUGGAAAUUUCAAUUCACGCGUCCCAAUAUAAGGCGAUAAGAAUGACUUAUCGGGUAUAUUGGGACAGCUUUAGAUUACUGACAGUAGAAGGUAGUAAUUUAUGUCGUACAUAGUAUAUUAGGAACGGCCGUAACAAGCUGUAAACAAGUCGAAAAAAAUUGUUACUGUAACUGAUUUUGAUUUACUAGUCGUAAAUAGUCAGCCACGACUGACAUUAGCUCCUUGCUAUUUUGAAUAUUAAACUGGAUAACGCACACAUUUACAAAUCAAAAUUGGUCACGUAUUACGUGUUUUCAGGUCGUCGUUACUAUAUUAUAGCUAGUAUUUUAUAUAAUAGAUACUAGCUGACUCGACAGACGUUCUGUAUAUAAUAAAUAAAAUGUUUUUUUAUGAAUUUGUCAAUAAUAUAUCAUAACAUCAAGAAUUACUUCGUAAAAUAUGCACCCUGCUGUCACAAUGAAAUUGUUUCACAGCAGAAUUGUCAAACCGUGCGUCAAUAUAUUCUCUCAUAGAAAUUAUAUAUGGACACAUCAAAGGAAAAACAAAUUUGUUGUUUUUAUUUAAUUCCGAGCAUUUUCUACAUAUUUAUUCACCUUUUAAAACUUCUCUGGACUUCCACAAAUAAUUCAAGACCUAAAUUUGCCAAAUCUGUCCAGCCGUUCUCGAGUUUUAGCGAGACUAACGAACAGCAAUUCAUUUUUAUAUAUUUAGAUUAGAUAUGUGACUUCGACGACAUAGACGUAACAUCUUGUAAUUAUUUUCUAGAAAUAUUCAUGUAAUGUUGUAUGUUCACUGUGACAGCAAGACGCUCUUACGAAAAGAAAUGUUUAAUCUAUUUCCAUCUUUAUAUAUGAUUUGUAAAAUAAUAUAUAAUAAUUGUGUCUACUAUGUGUACUACAACAAGUAUAAUUUAUAUUUUAAGUAUGUGUAAAAUAUGGCUUUCUUUGUAAGAUUUGAAAUAAUAUUUCAAUAUUAAUAUUAGUACAUUAUUAGGUUUUACAUUAUUUUAGGAGCCAUAGCAAUGCUUACAAAAGUAUACCAUCAUAUGGCUUGUGUUAUAUCUACCGUGAUGAGAGCUUAUUCGCACGAGGAUUCACCGUGUUUUUUACUCUUUUCAUCACAAUUCGUGAUUUUUUUGCACUUGUCCUGGCUAGCACUAUGUACAACGAAACGUCACAAAGGGACGGGUAUGUCUUCAAAUCUAAACAGACCUACAGACUUACAGUUCUCGUUCGUUAAAAAAUAUGAAUCGCAGAAGGUUAUUUUGUCCAAGAUUGAACUGUCAAUCUGGAACCAAGUAUGAAAAUCUCGUUGUAUAUUUUGUGGAAUCGCGAAAAAACUCAAUUCCUUGUCAAUUGUCGAUUAUGGUCCUGUGUGAAUGAGUCCUUAGUAUUUUUUGUCAAUUCUCGAAGAUGCAUGCAUCCAACAUGCACAUGCAUGCACAUUCAUGCACGGUUAGAAUUAAAUUAUUUCAUCUACACCCAUGCUUUAAAUCCUCUAUUAAAGAUUCUGAAACAGUUGCUUAUUGCCAACAUUAAAACACCCAAUGUUCUAAUAACCAUAACAUCACCCAAAAGAGUGUUAUAAUGUUGUUUCAUAACAACAUUCCCUUCAUGCUCAAAGAGUUUUAACAGACAGCCACAUUCUUAUUGGUCGAUGCGUGGCAUCUGUAUGAAUUUCAAAAAAAGAACAUUUUGGUUUACGCGCGUUCCACACCACCAGAACGUCGCGCACCGUAAAAAAAAGUAGGUUAUUCGAAUCCCCACCAUUUUUCUUCGAUAUUUUUACUGUUUUGUUUACAAAAAUCAGCGAUUAGUUUCCAAAAGAACAUAAUAUUCAGGUGAAUUUUAAUUAUUGCACUAUAUAAAAUGUAAAUUACUACUAAAAUAAAUAAUACUUAGAUUAUUUGUAUAGAAUUAGUAAUGGGUGAUAUUAGGUUACUACUAGGACUGGCUGCUUUAAUGUUAGCAGUAAGCUUACUGUUUCAGAAUCUUUUAGAGGAUUCAUAUUUUGGGUGUAGAUAAAGUCUUGUAUGUAACUGUUGAUAAUUAGGUAUUAAAACACUCAUGUGUUACUAUUAUCACACUCUGCUUCGCCUCGUGAGAUAAAUCCACAUUCGUGUUUUAAUACCCCUUAUUACACAACAGUUGCAUAAAUAACUAUAAAAGUAUCCUCCAAGGAUUUUAUAAUAUAAGUGUAGAUCACUUUUUUUGAUAUAUUAUUAUUUUAGUUACACUUUGUUUAGUAUACUUGCUUGUUAAGCGUGCCAACUAAUAUCGCGAUAUAACAGACAUGGAUUUCCAAAUGCAGUUGGCAUUGUGUCAUCGUAAUCAUUAUUAUUAAUGAAUAAAUCAUAAAAUCGAAAAUAAUCUUAUAAAAAAUUUAUUCAUUUAAUAAUAUCAUUAUUAAUAAAUAAAUUAUAUGUAAAGUUUUUCUGCUGCUCAUUGUUUUACAAUGAUUUUUAUGAAAUUACCUUAAAAAGUCUAUGUAUUUUGUUUUAAUUACUUGUUAAGAAUGUUUUUAAAUAAACAAUCAUGGCAACCCCGAACUUCUAAUAGUUAUUCACUUUAUACGCUAUAGUUAAGUAUAACUUAAGGUUUUUUUUAUGAAAUAUAUAUAUAUAAUAGAAAUAUAGAUUGUAGCAGUCAAUACCGCGAUUGCGGUGCGCAGUAGCGGUUGACCGCCUGCUAGUGUGUACUCACCUUAAUUUAUUGUAUUUAAAUGAUAUUGCUUUGUAGUAAGUAUACAGUGAGCUAAUGUAGAUUUCAUAUUAUAUUACAUACUUUUUUAUGGAUGUCGGCAUCCAUUCUUUUAUAAAAUAAAUAUGAACGUCAUGA